CAGUGUUCCUGACGUCCAGGUUGAGGAAGUCUGAAGUUUAGGUGUUUGAUUCACACAUUUCUUUCAGAUCUGGUUUACCGUAGGUCGACACGAUGUCCGGCGGUCCCCAUAAUGAUAAGGAGGCCAUGAAUAUAUACUGUAUAACCCUCAACGGCCCGGCACCAUGGGGCUUCAGACUUCAGGGGGGGAAGGACUUCAGCAUGCCCCUGACUGUGUCCAGGCUGACCCCCGGGGGUAAGGCCACCCAGGCCGGUGUGGGCGUGGGAGAUUGGGUGGUGUCCAUCGGGGAGACCAACGCAGAAGACAUGACCCAUGUGGAGGCACAGAACAAGAUCAGAGCAGCAGAGGAGUCUCUCACCCUCACCCUCAGCAAAACAGAGCAAACUGGCUCUAACCAGAAUAGAAAGAGGAGUGGGAGGCCCCAGUGCACAACUGAGCAAGAGGACAGGUACAUUAGAGUGUCUAGUUUGAGAAAUGGACUCCUCACAAGUCCUCAAGUGGCAGCUUCAUUAAAUAGUACUCGUAAAACACCCAUCUCAACGUCAACAGUGAAGAGGCGACUCAGGGAUGCUGGCCUUCUAGGCAGAGUUCCUCUGUCCAGUCUCAACAUCAACAGAGAAGAG